CUUCCGCCGGAGCGGUGCCGCGCCCACGGCCCCUCUCUGCCCCGCCUCUUUACGCGCUUUGCACUCUGGGGCUCACUAGGUGCCUGAGGGGACUUCGUCGGGUGAGGAGUCAGUUAGAAGCUGCUCCCUGUUUGCAAAACCUCCGCACUCCCACUGGGCUCCUUGGGUCUCCCUGGAGACCACAGGGAGAAGCUUUAAGGCACCCUACGCUACUUCGACCACCUCUCCAGUAGUGAAGACGGCAGCAAGGGAGUCUUCCUUGUACCACUGAUUAAUGAACAAAGAUGAGUGAGGAAAAGAGAAAAGAUAAAGUCAAUCCAGAAAGCUCUCAAAAGAAAUCAUUUGAUACCUAUGAUGACUCCAACCAAAUGAUGCUUCAGUCAUUAGAUGGCUUUAUGAUUACACUGAGCACAGAUGGAGUGAUCAUUUAUGUGGAUGAAAACAUCUCUCCUCUUCUUGGACAUAUGCCAUCUGCGACUGUGGACAAAAAAUUAUUAAGCCUUCUGCCUGAUGCAGAGAAAAAUAAAGUCUCAGAAAAGAUUAUUCUCAAGUUUCCUUUGUUCAAUUCAGAAACACAUAUUGAAUUUUGCUGUCAUUUAAAAAGAGGAAAUGUUGAACAUGGUGAUGGUCCUGCUUAUGAAUAUGUGAAAUUCAUUUUGAAUGUAAAACAUAUUUGUAAUGAGUCUGCUGUGUUCUUUAGUAGUUUCUGUUCCAGCCGCCGCUAUGCUGCCUUGUCUGCUAAACAUAUUACUUGGGAGGAUCAGUUUUAUCUUAUGGGAAUUGUUUGUGUUCUCAGGACUCAGCUCCUGAAGAGACUUUACACUCGAAGCAAAGUCACUGACAAAUUUAUACUUACGCAAGAAUCAGAUGAGGAAUCUUUUGUGAAAGAUCUCAGUGGAUCUCAAGAUGAAGGAGGACAUACUAGCAUGGAAGUUGUUUGUGCUGAACCUGCUGCUGCUGCUGCUGCUGCUGCUACCUUAGAUAUUACACAGGUUGAGCAGCAUGGACCACAAGACGGAAAUGGAAAUAUUGAAGAUUCCAUACUUCAAAAUGGAAAUAUUGAAGAUUCUGAUUCAACUUAUUGCUCCAGCACAGAUUUCAUGGAUAAUAUUCCUGAAUCUUCAGGUUUUCAAUUUGAGCCUGAGGUGAAUCCAUUGUACAUGGCAGAGCCAGUGGACCUGGAGUUCUCAGUGGACCAGGAGGACUCAGUGGACCAGAGGGGCCCAAUGGACCAGCAGGACCCAGAGAAUCCAGUGGAUCUGUUGGGUGAGACAGGCCUGAUGGAUUCCGUGGACACAGAAAACUCAGAGGACCUGGAGACUGCUGGCACCAGUGCUCAGCCAUUGCAGCCAUUAUCACCAGUUGUACACAGCAUCAUCAGCCAGGAAAUGGAUGUGAUAAAGAAGUUGAAGGAGCAACUUGAAAAGAGGUCUCAGAUGCUGCAUGAUACCAUCCAAGACCAGCAGGAUGCACUGGCAGUGAUCAUCGAUCAGUUUCAGAGAAGUCAGGCUGCUAGGUUUCAGAAGCAGCCAAACACAUCACACCACGUUGUUAGUCCUGAUAGCCAACCUUCGGAGGCAGAGCCCAUGAAACAGCAGAAACAACACACUGGGCAAGCAGAGCGGUCUCUCCCACAUCCCAAGGAGGUCAAGCGAGUCUGUGAUUUAUCUUCAUGCAACUCUUUCAAAAACACCAGGAAGCUUCAGGAACCUUGCGCUGCCGUCACCCAGCAGCAACUGGCACAGCAAGAACAACGUCUGAAGGAGCAGCAGCAGCAGCUACGAAAGCAGCUGCAGCAGCUGAGGGAGCAAAAGAAAGUGCAGAAGCAAAAGAAGAUGCAGGAGAAGAAGAAGUUUCAGGAGCAUAAGAGGCAGGAGAAGAAGAAGCUGCAGGAGCAGAGGCAGGAGAGGAAGAAUAAGCUGCAGGGGCAGAAGAAGUUGGAGAUGCUGCAGAAAGGGACAAAGGAGGAAGAGCAGCAGCAGCAGCAGCAGCUCCAAGAGCAGCCACAGAAGCGUAAUGUCAUCGUGGGGAAUCAUAUGCUGCAGAUAUGCCUGCAAAACCCAAGCUGCGUAACUGGGCCCCUCGGCAAUAACCCUGUUAGAUUUUUGCAGACCCAACCCAUUGUUGUUCCUAUCCAGAUAGUAGCUGAACAACAGCUCUCUGGCCAUCAAGAAGAUGAGAGUCAAAGUUCUCAUCCUAAGGAGUGUCUGGAGCUCACCACGAGCCAGGUGCCAUUGGUAGAUACCCCAAACCCUGAGGCAAUUUCUUCUUCCACCACUACUUCCAAAAGUUCAGACUCAACCAUAAGUACCCAGGAGGUCCCAGAGGAUUGCAUCCAUAUUUGGGAACAGCUGCCUGGUCCAUGCAAUCAAGGACCUGCAAUGAGCGGGGCACCACCCACUGCCAACCCAUCUACCGACAGGUGCAACACUCUGACUGACAUAGGAGCCGAGGGACCUCCUGGUCAACAGGCUUUCCAAGGCCCUGCUGCAUACCAGCCAGACCAGAUGAGAAACUUGACACCUGAGGAGCAGCGUGACUCAAAUAAGCAGCGCUAGCAGUACAUUCAUGACCAAUGAUGAGGGGAAAUGGGGGGGGGGUGCGGCCAAGCCAAUGAGCAUGACCAGGGGACCUUCAAGGUGCAUAAAAUCCCUUGGAGUAGGGGUUGGGGUUAGAGAAAUAAUUGUUUCCUAAUACAUUAUGUUUGUAAUCGUUUAUUAAGCACAGCCUGUUUCUUGGAAGUUAUGCUGCAGAGGCAGCCUGAGAUCCGUAGUAUGCUAGGGUGUGACAGCAAGCAGCCACAGCUGGAUCUGGUGUCCCAUCUGCCCUUUGUCCUGCUUUGCAUAUCCACGUUCCACCACAGGAAGGAGGUCUGCUGAGAGUUUGUUCAAAUUUUUCAACACAAAGAAAAAAGAAAAAAAUGCCAGAGUCCUUUUCAAUCUAGUAAAUGUAGAGGCUGUUUUGUCUUAGUCACAAACAUUCUGAAGCAUUGACCCUGAUGAUCAAGCCCUGCCUCCCCUCCAUAGUCUUGCUGGAGAAGGCCAGACAGAAUGGGACUCCAACUAAGGGAACCUGAAAUCAGCUCAAUGGGGGCACUUAAGAGCUUGAAUAACUAUGACUUCCUUGCUUAAUAAACGUUUACAUUCAUUGGA